AUGGAGCUUGAGCUACUUGAAAUGUUAGGACACAGUGGCGUAGCUUGGUUUGCCAGCGCCUGGGGCAAGGCAAAUCCUCCAACACUCUCAGUCACACCUCUAAAUGUGCACAUCAGAGAAGGGUUAACUGUGAGCCUCACAUGUUCCAUCGACACGAACCCACCUGCAUCUAGAGUUGUAUGGAAAAAAUAUGUAAAUUCUGUGUGGUACACCAUAAAGUGUUCUGGUCGAUUCUCCUGUGGGUCGUUGGAAUCUCCCAGCAACCUGACCAUCGCACCCGUGCAUCGUGAUGAUGCAGCUGAAUAUUCCUGUGAAGUACACAAUGAAAUAAACAGAACACUGAGCUCACAAGUCCCAAUAAUUGUUACCUAUCCUCCAACACUCUCAGUCACACCUGACGAGGUGACUAUCAGAGAAGGGUUAAGUGUGAUCCUCGUGUGUUCCAUCGACGCAUACCCUCCUGCAUCUAGAGUUGUAUGGAAAAAAUAUGUACAUUUUGUGUGGUACACCAUAAAGUGUUCUGGUCGAUUCUCCUGUGGGUCGUUACAAUCUCCCAGCAACUUGACCAUCACACCCGUGCAUCGUGAUGACACAAAUGAGUAUGUCUGUGAAGUACACAACAGAAUAAACAGAACGCUGAGCUCACAAGUCUCUGUGACUGUUAUUUAUCCUCCAACACUGACCAUCACCCCUGAGAAAAUCACCACCAGGGAAGGGUUAAACUUGGAGCUAAUGUGUUCCAUCGAUGCAUACCCUCCCCCAACAAAAGUUAUGUGGAAAAAAUACAUAAAUUCAAAGUUGAAUGUAGUAGAAUGUCUUGGUCGAUUCUCCUGUGGGUCGUUGGAAUCUCCCAGCACCAUGACCAUCAAACCCGUGCAUCGUGAUGACGCAGCUGAGUAUGCCUGUGAAGUACACAACAGAAUAAACAGAACAUUGAGCUCACUAGUCCCUGUAAUUGUUACCUAUUCUCCAACACUCUCAGUCACACCUCUAAAGGUGACCAUCAGAGAAGGAUUAAAUGUCAUCCUCAUGUGUUACAUCGACGUGUAUCCUCCCGCAACUAAGGUUGUAUGGAAAAAGUAUAUAAACUCAAAGUGGGACGAAGUAGACUGUUCUGGUCGAUUUUCUUGUGGAUCGUUGGACUCUCCCAGCAACAUGACCAUCACACCCGUGCAUCGUGAUGACGCAGCUGAGUAUUCCUGUGAAGUACACAAUGAAAUAAACAGAACACUGAGCUUACAAGUCCCAAUAAUUGUUACCUAUUCUCCAACACUCUCAGUCACACCUCUAGAGAUGACUAUCAGAGAAGGGUUAAGUGUGAUCCUCGUGUGUUCCAUCGACGCAUACCCUCCUGCAUCUAGAGUUGUAUGGAAAAAAUAUGUAAAUUUUGUGUGGUACACCAUAAAGUGUUCUGGUCGAUUCUCCUGUGGUUCAUUACAAUCUCCCAGCAACUUGACCAUCACACCUGUGCAUCGUGAUGACACAGAUACAUAUGUCUGUGAAGUACACAACAGAAUAAACAGAACGCUGAGCUCACAAGUCGCUGUGACUGUUAUUUUCACCGGUGGAUUGGCAGGUGGCACUGAGACUGCCACGUGCCCAGUCUCUAUGGGUGAUGGUGCCACUGUAGAAGGGACCGCCACUGUCAGUGGAGCAGACAUCUUUGGUCCCCUCUUUGCCACUCCUGACGUGGGCCGCAUCCGAGUGGGACUGCCACUGGCGGUUGAGCUGCCGUGUUUGGACCCCCCUGUGCCGCCUUGGGACGCCUUCUCCUCGUACUUGAAGAUGAACGCGGGUUAUUGUCACCAUCCUCCAACACUGACCAUCACCCCUGAGAAAAUCACCAUCAGGGAAGGGUUAAACUUGGAGCUAAUGUGUUCCAUCGAUGCAUACCCUCCCCCAACAAAAGUUAUGUGGAAAAAAUACAUAAAUUCAAAGUUGAAUGUAGUAGAAUGUCUUGGUCGAUUCUCCUGUGGGUCGUUGGAAUCUCCCAGCACCAUGGCCAUCAAACCCGUGCAUCGUGAUGACGCAGCUGAGUAUGCCUGUGAAGUACACAACAGAAUAAACAGAACAUUGAGCUCACUAGUCCCUGUAAUUGUUACCUAUUCUCCAACACUCUCAGUCACACCUCUAAAGGUGACCAUCAGAGAAGGAUUAAAUGCCAUCCUCAUGUGUUACAUCGACGUGUAUCCUCCCGCAACCAAGGUUGUAUGGAAAAAGUAUAUAAACUCAAAGUGGGACGAAGUAGACUGUUCUGGUCGAUUUUCUUGUGGAUCGUUGGACUCUCCCAGCAACAUGACCAUCACACCCGUACAUCGUGAUGACGCAGCUGAGUAUACCUGUGAAGUACACAACAAUAUAAACAGAUCUCUGAGCUCACCAAUCCCAGUAAUUGUUACAUAUCCUCCAACACUCUCAGUCACACCUCUAAAGUUGACCGUCAGAGAAGGGUUAAAUGUCAUCCUUACGUGUUACAUAGACGCAUACCCUCCUGCAUCUAGGGUUGUAUGGAAGAAAUAUGUAAAUUCAAAAUGGGAUGAAAUAGAGUGUUCUGGUCGAUUCUCCUGUGGAUCGUUAGAAUCUCCCAGCAUGAUGACCAUCACACCCGUGCAUCGUGAUGACGCAGCUGAGUAUGCCUGUGAAGUACACAACGAAAUCAACAGAACACUGAGCUCACUAGUCCCUGUAAUUGUUACCUAUCCUCCAGCACUGGCCAUCACGCCAGAACAUAUCAGCAUAGGAGAAGGGUCAAACGUGAAUAUUAUGUGUUCCAUUGAUGCAUACCCUCCAGCAACUAAGGUCAUAUGGAAGAAGUUUAUAGAUUCCCAAUGGCACACAAUAAAGUGUUCCGGUCGAUUCUCCUGUGGGUCUUUGGACUCUCACAAUCCUCCAACACUGAUCAUCACCCCUGAGAACAUCACCAUCAGGGAAGGGAUAAUCGUGGAGCUAAUGUGUUCCAUCGAUGCAUACCCUCCCCCAACAAAGAUCAUAUGGAAAAAAUACACACAUUCAAAGCGGAAUGUAGUAGAAUGUCUUGGUCGAUUCUCGUGUGGUUCAUUAGAAUCUCCCAGCAUCAUGACCAUUAUGCCUGUACAUCGUGAUGACGCAGCUGAGUAUGCCUAUCCUCCAACACUCAGCAUCACACCUGACCACACCACCAGCAGAGAAGGAUCACACAUGCAUCUGAUGUGUUCUAUAGAUGCAUACCCUCCUGUAUCUAUGGUUAUAUGGAAGAAAUAUGUAAAUUCACAAUGGUACACAAUAAAGUGUUCUGGACGAUUCUCCUGUGGGUCAUUGGAAUCUCCCAGCAACUUGACCAUCACACCCGUGAAUCGUGAUGACGCAGCUGAGUAUGCCUGUGAAGUACAUAACAAAAUAAACAGAACACUAAGCUCGCAAGUCCCAGUAAUUGUUACUUAUCCCCCAACACUGUCCAUCACACCUGACCACAUCACCAUCAAAGAAGGAUCAAACAUCCAUCUGAUGUGUUCCAUAGAUGCAUACCCUCCUGUAUUUAAGGUUAUAUGGAAGAAAUAUGUAAAUUCACAAUGGUACACAAUAAAGUGUUCUGGUCGAUUCUCCUGUGGGUCGUUAGAAUCUCCCAGCAACUUGACCAUCAAACCCGUGCAUCGUGAUGACGCAGCCGAGUAUGCCUGUGAAGUACACAAUGAAAUAAACAGAACUCUGAGUCCACGAGUCCAAGUGAUUGUUACCUAUCCUGCAACACUGACCAUCAGAGCUGAACGCAUCAGCGUCACAGAAGGAUUAAAUGUGCUGAUCAUGUGCUCCUUUGACGCAUACCCUCCCCCGUCGAGGAUCAUAUGGAAAAAAUAUGUAAAUUCAGAGUCGUACACAAUAAAGUGUUCUGGUCGAUUCUCCUGUGGGUCGUUAGAAUCUCCCAGCAACUUGACCAUCAAACCCGUGCAUUACGAUGACGCAGCCGAGUAUGCCUGUGAAGUACACAACAAAAUAAACAGAACACUGAGCUCGCGAGUCCCAGUAAUUGUUAAUUAUCGCCCAAGACUGUCCGUCACUCCUGACCACACCACCAUCAUAGAAGGAUCAAGCAUCCAUUUGAUGUGUUCCAUAGAUGCAUACCCUCUCGCAACUAAAGUUAUAUGGAAGAAAUACGUAAAUUCAAAGUCAUACGCAAUAAAGUGUUCUGGUCGAUUCUCCUGUGGGUCGUUAGAAUCUCCCAGCAACUUGACCAUCACAUCCGUGCAUCGCGAUGACGCAGCUGAGUAUGCCUGUGAAGUACACAAUGAAAUAAAUAGAACUCUGAGUCCACGAGUUCCAGUGAUUGUUACAUAUCCUCCAACAGUGUCCGUCACUCCAGAUCACACCAUCUCUAUCAGAGAGGGAUCACACAUGCAUCUGAUGUGUUCCAUAUACGCAAACCCUCCUGCAUCUAGAGUUGUAUGGAAGAAAUAUGUAAAUUCAGAUCGCUACAUAAUACUGUGUUCGGGUCGAUUCUCCUGUGGGUCGUUGGAAUCUCCCAGCAACUUGACCAUCACACCCGUGCAUCGUGAUGACACAGCUGAGUAUGCCUGUGAAGUAGACAACGGAAUAAACACAACACUCAGCUCACGAGUCCCGGUAAUAGUGACUUAUCCUCCAGCACUGAGCAUCAGACCUGGACAUAUUACCAUCAGAGAAGGAUUAAAUGCGCUUGUUAUGUGUUUGUUUGAAGCAUACCCUCCCCCGCCGAGGGUCAUAUGGAAAAAAUAUGUAAAUUCAAAGUCAUACACAAUAGAGUGUUCUGGUCGAUUCUCCUGUGGGUCGUUAAAAUCUCCCAGCAUGAUGACCAUCAAACCCGUGCAUCGUGAUGACGCAGCGGAGUAUGCCUGUGAAGUAUACAACGAAAUAAACAUAACAUUGAGCUCACGAGUCCCUGUAAUUGUUACCUAUCCCCCAACACUGUCCAUCACACCUGACCACAUCACCAUCAAAGAAGGAUCAAACAUCCAUCUAAUGUGUUCCAUAGAUGCAUACCCUCCUGUAUCUAAGGUUAUAUGGAAGAAAUAUGUAAAUUCACAUAGGUACACAAUAAAGUGUUCUGGUCGAUUCUCCUGUGGGUCAUUGGAAUCUCCAAACAACUUUACCAUCACAUCCGUGCAUCGUGAUGACGCAGCUGAGUAUGUCUGUGAAGGACACAAUGAAAUAAACACAACACUGAGCGCACGAGUCCAAGUGGCUGUUACUUAUCCUCCAGCACUGACCAUCAAAGCUGAAGACAUCAGCGUCACAGAAGGUUUACACGUGCACAUCAUGUGCUCCUUUGAUGCAUACCCUCCCCCGUCGAGGGUCAUAUGGAAAAAAUAUGUAAAUUCAGAGCCGUACACAAUACAGUGUUCUGAUCGAUUCUCCUGUGGGUCGUUAGCAUCUCCCAGCAACUUGGCCAUCACACCCGUGCAUCGUGAUGACGCAGCUGAGUAUGCCUGUGAAGUACACAAUGAAAUAAACAGAACUCUGAGCUCACUAGUCCAGAUCAUUGUUACUUAUCCCCCAGCACUGUCCAUCAGACCUGACCACACUACCAUCGCAGAAGGAUCAAAUAUCCAUCUGAUGUGUUCUAUAGAUGCAUACCCUCCUGUAUCUAAGGUUAUAUGGAAGAAAUAUGUAAAUUCACAGUUGUAUACAAUCAAGUGUUCUGGCCGAUUCUCCUGUGGGUCAUUGGAAUCUCCCAGCAACUUGACCAUCACACCCGUUCAUCGUGAUGACGCAGCCGAGUAUGCCUGUGAAGGACACAAUGAAAUAAACAGAACACUGAGCGCACGAGUCCAAGUGGCUGUUACAUAUCCUCCAGCACUGACCAUCAGAUCUGAACACAUCAGCGUCACAGAAGGAUUGCAUGUGCAUAUCAUGUGUUUGUUUGAUGCAUACCCUCCCCCAUCGAGGGUGAAAUGGAAAAAAUAUGUAAAUGCUGAGUCGUACACAAUAGAGUGUUCUGGCCGAUUCUCCUGUGGGUCGUUAGAAUCUCCCAGCAACUUGACCAUCAAACCCGUGAAUCGUGAUGACGCAGCUGAGUAUGCCUGUGAAGUACACAAUGAAAUAAACAGAACGUUGAGCCCACUAGUUCCUGUAAUUGUUACCUAUCAUUCAACCAUUACAAUCGCUCCUAAUAUGACCCACGUUAAAGAAGGAGUAAGCCUUCAUCUAACGUGCAUGUUCAACAUAUACCCUCCCACAGCAGUUGUGUGGAAAAAAUAUACAGGUUCGGCACAGGAAAUAAUCGAGUGCUCUUCUAGAUUCUCCUGUGGGUCGUUAGAAUCUCCCAGCAACUUGACCAUCAAACCCGUGCAUCGAAAUGACGCAGCUGAGUAUGCCUGUGAAGUACACAACGAAAUAAACAAAAUACUGAGCUCACGAGUCCAGAUCAUCGUCAGUUAUAGACCGAAUGUUUCCAUCUCACCCGGUAUUGUGUCGACAGUCAAAGGGGAUGACGUUAAUCUGACAUGCUCGAUUGACGCUAAUCCAGGCAUCACUGAAUUGAGCUGGAUUCAGGAGACAGCCGACUCAGUGAGGUCUCUACGGCUGGCGGAUCACUAUUCUGGUGGAUCGCUGACCUCCCCAUCUCGGUUUACAAUACAUUCUGUGCAGUUGGAUGAUGUAGGCUAUUACGCUUGUCAGGCAGUCAAUGCAGAAGGAUCUGGACUGAGUGACAAAGCCUAUGUUGUAAUUGAAUAUGCUCCAAUCAUCACCCUGCUCUCAACGGCAUACGCAUUUCUCGAAGGAAGUAAUGGUAUCGUCCACUGUCACGUGAAUGCAGCGCCGCCUGUCGACGUGAUAGUGUGGAUGAAAGAUGGUUCGGUCCUGAACAUCACAACCGUGGAGUACCUGGUGUUAACCAGCGUAGAGAAGACUGAUGCAGGAACGUACGUUUGUUCGGCUGAAAACUUGAGAGGAAGAGCGAUCAGUGAAAACAUCACCAUAGAUGUGACUUAUGUUCCAAACAUUACUGUCUGGCCAGAAAGGUUGGAAGCCACUGCGGGAACUGCGGUGAACAUAUCUUGCAGCAUUGACGCCAAGCCUGAUAUAACGCAGAUCAGAUGGCUGCAGGUAACCACAGACAAGACAGAGGUCGUGAAGGUGACAGGUCGCUUGUCUGGUGCCACGGUUACCAACCCCAACUUGACCAUCACUCCCUUACAGCCAGAGGAUUCUGGUGAAUACCUGUGUGAGGCGGUCAACAGUGAAGGAACUGGGUUCAGCAACAUGACUUUAACUGUUAACUAUAUCCCUCGAGCUGUACGUCGCAUCUCAAUAAUCAAAGCGAUCCCGGAGCAGCCAGUGUCGCUGACAUGCGCCACCAGUGCCUAUCCAAAACCGACGUCCUACAUCUGGCACCACGAGAAUAAGACGCUGCCAGAAACCGGUAGGACGCUAGACAUUGGACCCAUGAAGACAAACCUCUCGUUUGGCCGCUACACGUGUCGGGCAACAAACAGAAUAGGAACGUCAGACCCCAUCGUGUUCAUAGUGAAACAGAAGAAAAACGCGACUGUCCAUAAUGAUGAUACUCCUCAACCUCGCUUCACCAAUGUCUUAGUUCGGUCAUCUGUUGGGGAGACCACCAUCUUGAACUGUUCUACACGCAGGACUUCUAACACAACGACCUUCAUCUGGUAUCACGGGAAAACUCAGCUGUCAUAUUCAGGGGAGGUUCUCAAAGUGAAUAUCAUAUCGGUUAAGUCAUUUCCAGAUACAUACUCAUGUCUAACCAUUGAUAAAGUGGGAACCCGAGACGGAAUCCAUUUUCGCUUAACAAAGAGACAAGGCCCAAGGGCUGCGGUUAACGUGGCAACCGAAAUGGAUUUAAGAUGGUUCUUGUUGAUCGUUCCCUUGCUGGUUUUCAUCACUGUGUUCGCCAUCUGGUGGUACAAGAAGGGACUGUUCUUGUGCAGGGGCCGAAUGCGAAGGUGGAAGAAGGCUCGAUGUCAGGUGGACUCGGCUCUCUCGGUCGACGUCUAGAGGAGCUGAACGUUGUGUAUGGACAGACUAUCAGUGUUCACGGGAUCCAAGUGAACGCUGACGUUCACUGUGUGAAUUACAAACAAUGAACAUGGAUAGAUAAUGUUCAAAGGAGGCUUUUCAAGAUUGGAUUAACUUUGAUGGAUAGAUCGACUGUACAGGAUCAACUGGUGGACACACAUGACUGAACAUAACUGAUGGACAUAUCAACUGAUGGAUACACAUGACUGAACAUAACUUUGAUGGACAUAUCAACUGGUGGACACACAUGACCGAACAUAACUGAUGGACAUAUCAACUGGUGGAUAUACAUGACUGAACAUAAUUUUGAUGGACAUAUCAACUGGUGGCCAUAUAUGACUGAAGAUAACUGAUGGACAUAUCAACUGGUGGAUACACAUGACUGAACAUAACUGAUGGACAUAUCAGCUGGUGGACAUACAUGACUGAACAUAACUUUGAUGGACAUAUCAACUGGUGGACAUACAUGACUCAACAUAACUUUGAUGGACAUAUCAACUGGUGGCCAUACACGACUGAACAUAACUAAUGGACAUAUCAACUGGUGGAUACACAUGACUGAACAUAACUUUGAUGGACAUAUCAGCUUGUGGACAUACAUGACUCAACAUAACUUUGAUGGACAUAUCAACUGGUGGACAUACAUGACUGAACAUAAUUUUGAUGGACAUAUCAACUGGUGGACAUACAUGACUGAACAUAACUUUGAUUGACAUAUCAGCUGGUGGACAUACAUGACUGAACAUAACUUUGAUUAACAUAUGAGGUGGUGGACAUACAUGACUGAACAUAACUUUGAUGGACAUCUCAACUGGUGGACAUACAUGACUGAACAUAACUUUGAUGAACAUAUCAACUGGUGGACACACAUGACUGAACAUAACUUUGAUGGACAUAUCAACUAGUGGACACAUGACUGAACUUAACUUUGAUGGACAUAUCAACUGGUGGACACACAUGGCUGAACAUAACUGAUGGGCAUAUCAACUGGUGGGCACACAUGGCUGAACAUAACUGAUGGACAUAUCAACUGGUGGACAUACAUGAUGGACGUAGCCAACUGUACAGGAUCAGCUGGUGGACAUACAUGACUGAACAUAACUUUGAUGGACGUAGUCAAGGGUAGAGGAUCAACUGGUGGACAUACAUGACUCAACAUAACUUUGAUGGACGUAGUCAAGAGUAGAUGAUCAACUGGUAGAUAUACUGAUAGACAUAUCAACUGGUAGAUAUACAUGACUGAACAUAACUUUGAUGGACAUAGUCAAGGGUAGAGGAUCAACUGGUGGACAUACAUGACUGAACAUAACUUUGAUGGACGUAGUGAAGGAUAGAGGAUAAAAUGGUGGACAUACAUGACUGAACAUAACUUUGGUGGACGUAGUCAAGGGUAGAGGAUCAACUGGUGGACAUGCAUGACUGAACAUAACUUUGAUGGACGUAGCCAGCUGUACAGGAUCAACUGGUAGACAUACAUGACUGAACAUAACUUUGAUGGACGUAGUCAAAGGUAGAGGAUCAACUGGUAGAUAUUCAUGACUCAACAUAACUUUGAUGGAUGUAGCCAAUGGCACAGGAUCAACUAACUGGAGGAUAUAUAUUACUAAAUACGAUCAGUAAAUAUAACUUAGGUGGACAUAAAAUCAAAACUGAUAAGUAAACAUAUUUUCGAAGGAUAUACGAUGUAUUUGAUCAGUAAAUUUAUUUGUGAAGGACAUAUGACACGGAGUUACAGUACACAUAUUUUCAAAGGACUUACUUGACUGUGUACAAUCAGUCGAAGUUUUGUAAACAUACAUUUAACUGUAUGGGAACAGUAACUAUUCUUUCAAAGGACACACACUCACGUGGCUUUAUAGAAUCAGAAAAAGUAACUUUGAUUGAUGGACAUUUGUGAAUGUUUAAAAUCAGUAGCCAUAGCUACGAAUGAUAUACAGUAAAUUAGUAUCAGUAAACAUAGCUUCAUUAUGUUCACCAAUAUGACAGUAUAGAAUCAGUAAACAUAUCUUUGAAGGAA